AUGUCUAAUCAGAAUGUCUUAGUGACAUACUCUGCACCAGUGUCGUUUCUGGCCUCAGAGAGCUGGAAGCAAGUGCUGGCAGCCUUACAAUCUCAGCUACCGCUGCGGAGCAUUCACUGGAAAUCAGCCUUCCGACCGAAUCUUAAAACCAUUCAGGAACUUGAACUUACUCUUGUUCCUUUGGAUUCUCUACGCGACGAACACACGUCACAAGUACCAGUCACUCUGCUAGAAAAGCCCCUGCUCAACCUUUACGUUGUAACGUGCGAGGAUAACGACUUGUACAGAACAAAUGUGAAGAAACAAAUCAAAGACUGGCAUUCUGCGAUAUCGCAGCGGAAGCAUCAAGAAUGGAUCAUUGUGCAUGUCGUUCGUUCCGAUAUCAAGACAACGGACCGCAAAUUUUUCAACAUGAAGAGCUCCGUCCUUGAUAAAAUAAAGGCAGAUUUCAAUAUUGACAAGCGAGACCGAUGCGUACAAUUGUCUUGGACAGCGGGAGACCACAGUCCUGUCAUAUGGGCUGAUCUCAUGAACAAGAUCAAGGACGGGUUACUAGCUGCUCUAGAUUCAUCUGUUUCUCAACGCGAGGAAGAGGUCAGACGCUCUGAGAGUCAGAGGCAAAUGCCUGGUUGGAAUUUCUGCACGUUUUUCCUAUUGAAGGCAUGUCUCGAAAGCCUUGCGAGCUCCUUCGAAGGAGUGAAACUUUUCGAAGAUGCCCUGCACCAGUACAAUGAACUGGAAGUAUCCUUCAUCCAAGUUCUAAGGGAGAAGAACAUGUCCUGGUUUGGUAGUCUCAUCCAGCCUGUGGACAAGGACGACUCGGUGCCUCUACUCUCAGUUACGAAGAAACACUAUCGUGACCUCAUCCUUGCCAACUCUAUCUCGGUAUUUGAUUUCCGGAUAUACUUGCUUGCUCGCCAGUGCGCUCUGCUAAAUAAGAUGCGUCGCCCGUUCGAGAUUUGCCAGAAGGUCACUACCUUUUUGGGCACGUUUAGUAGACGAUUGCGAGAGGUAGAGGCCAGAUUACCAGAAUACUUUAUUGAGUCAUGGAUAUUCUCUUCUGCUCUCAGCGUUGUCAAUCAAUGUGAUACGUGGGCUCCUCCGACCGAACUAGAUGGCAUUCAGCUCGCGCGAUUCAGUGCGAGUAAAGGUGAACUUCUUGAACUAGCCAAAACUCAGCUUGACAUUAUUGGCGUCAAAGUAGGUCAUUUGCCCAAAAAACCGCCCUUUGCCACCACAUAUAUAGAAGAAACACCUGCCACGCGUCCACAACAAACCAGUAGACGUUCAUCGACGCAGCGGAUAAGCAAUCACGAGAUCAUGCUAGCUAUUGGGGACGAGGAGGCUUUUUAUGAUUUGUAUUGUGCAACUUCAAAUCGUGCCAUCGACAUGUACGUGAAGGCUGGCCGUCGCAAAUUCGCGCUAAAGCUGCAUGGCUUCCUUGCCGCUCUGGACAUUCAUCGAGGACGCCUAGCGAAUGCUCUGGCGAUUUUUACAUCAUUACCUGCUCACUAUGCACCUCAUAUGUGGACAUCUCUGGAGUCCUUCGUACUCUCCCGUGCAAUCGAUAUACAUGCGGAGCUGGAGAAACCUCAAGACCGAGAGUGGAUACAUAUCCUGCUUGCAUAUCUCAGGACAUACACAAAUGACAUUAGCAAAGAGCUAGCAUCAGAAGAGGAGGGGGAGAAGUCUGUUACGCAGCUUAUUACAGCACUUCACGCUGCUGCGAAGAGUUUGGACUCAGAUUUGAUUCACACAGACCAUACUAUCAUGGCAGUUCAAGUAUCCGGCGAUGCUACCUGUAGUGACGAUGAAGACUUAGCCUUGGUUGAUGCCACCAUUUCAAACCACCUACCAUGCGAUAUUUUCGUUGAUGAAAUCAGCAUAACGUUGCGCGGUCGAGAUUCUGAACGUCUGAAGUUCACCGCAAAGGUGGAUAAACUUCCCCCUGGCCAAUCGACUGUAACCCUAUCUUGCCCAUCAUCUUCGUGGGGUCUAUAUACUCUUGAGAGCAGUGAAGUAGUGAUGGCGCGUGUCCGCUUUCAAUGGCAACAUACGGGUACUGCGAUCACUACUUUGAAGAAGAAUCAUACUUCAUUGGUUCGCGUAUCGCGCAGUUUGCGCGCUUUAGAUGUGCAAAUACGUCAACCCCAGCAAACCGAGCUUGGAGCGACAUCACGCCUCUUACUUAUCAUUUCCACUGGCCAAAACGAUAUCUCGAGGGCAACUAUUAAGCCAACUCCACCUUCCGGGGUGCAAUUUAACUAUUCCGCAGCACGCUUAGAGGCCGAAGGUACGGGGACUCUUGAGGGCUCUGACAACGCUAUCGUCCUUCUGGAUGCUCCUGUCGACACAGACGUUGUAAUUUCGCUUCCACAUUCUGAUGCUUCGAGAUAUCACACAAUGAAAAUCGGAUUAAGUGUGACAUAUAACACGCAAUCCUCGCCGGGUGUAAUCCGCACCCUGCAAACCUCGAGAGUUGUCACGGUCUCACUACCCAUAGCAGUUAACGUAGAAGACUUUUUCCGCGGCAAAAGAUUGUUUUCGAAGUUUACUAUCUCGACCACUUCCCACCAGCAUGUUCGAAUAUCAUCGACGGAGCUGCAAGGUCCACGAAGUCUUGAUGGGGUGAAGAUCUCAGGCUGUCGUCCAAACCGUCCUGUUGUAAACGUCACGCCAGAGCAUGCCGUGAACUUCCUGUUCUCUAUAGAGUCUUCGAAUGGACCUGUUCUGGAGCCACUAAAUCUCGUCAUCAAAUACCGAGUCCUACGUGACGAGGUGGAGGCGUUGAUUCGACAAACGGUGGAAGCCGUUUUGUUGAGUAUGUCAGUCGAGAAGCUCCAGUACUCCUCACUACGACGCAGUCUCAUUGACAAUCUGGUCGCGCAUCUGGAAAGCGACGCUGAAUGGGUAGAAACGUACAGGGCUACUGGUGAAAUCAUCUUGCCUCGUUCGUUUGAAGAUGGCAGUGAUUUCCAGGAACCUAUUCGGGAGGCAUUGGCGCAAUGUCGCCCAGAGACUGCAUCAUCCUGCCCUUGGAGAGAGAUCAAGAUACCAGUUGACGUGCCGAGGAUGAAUAUUGUGACCGCAGCACAAAUCACUGUUCAACCCUCUUCGCUCCCCAGUGGUAUAAAGUCAGAUCAACUACCACCAAUUUAUGCGGGCCAACCAAUCCAAGCGACCCUCAUCUUCAAGACCUCUUUUCAUUGGGCUGAGAAGGAGGGAAAACAGCGCUGCUACACGAUGCGAUACGAUGUUGAAGAGCGUGUCAAGGAUUGGCUUUUGUGUGGACGAAAGCGUGGAGAUUUCGUCGCAACGGACGGUGGUUCAUUCGCCGUUCCCUUGACAUUGAUAGCUCUUCACCACGGUGAAAUUUCCUUACCCAAGGUUAACGUCCGACCACUACCAAUAUCAAUGCAAGCCUCAAUGGGAUCUACGGUGCCAAGCGCUGAUGCUUGUCAGGUCCACGGUGCUGAGAAGGUUUUGAUUCUGCCCAGAGGUGGCAGAAGUACGUAUAUUGUAGGUAUGGGAAGCGACAACGAAUGAAUGUACCACUAUUACUGUAGGGAUAAUUAUUUUUGGGAAGAUUGACUGGAGUGGCCACUGGAACGUCUCGAAAACAUCUUCCCUUCCGGGUAUCCAAACCAAAUCCCAAGUAGCAUCAAGGAAUUUGCUGCGAGGAGAAGGCCAGAUGAAAGUGGUGUGGAUGGAUAAACAUUCCAGGCAUAUUCGACGACGCCUAUGAGUGCCAUU